CUCUCUCUCUCUCUCUUUCUCUCCAGUGACCAGACCUCCUUUACUUUCUGCUGCCCUCUUCACAUCCCUCCACUUCCCUCUUUAUUCCUCCUCCACCUCUGACAGUUGACGAAACAACUCAGCUUAAACUUCCAACAACUUUAUAGCGGAUCUGCAGCUUUUCCAGCCUCUCUAAAGACUUUAUUUUUGUUCCUGACCUUUUUUGGUGCUCCACGCAGGCUGCUGUGUGUCUGGCGUGCGCGCCGGAUCCAGUGUCGUGCUCUGUGCCCUGAGGGACUCCCUGACGGUUGAUUGGAGGUGACUGACUGAAGUGAGAAUGGAAGUUCAGCUGCUGCUGCUCCUGGCCCUGCUCGGACUUUUCUCUACCUGCACAGUUGCAAGCCCAACAGGGAUCCCAGAAGAUGACUAUGUUACCCUCAAAGAGGCCACGUCUGCAACCACGGAGAUCGUGGUAGAGGAAGUGACUGAUGUCACGUGGUCUCCAUCUACCAACCUGGUGUCAGUAUCUGAUGUUGCCAUGACGGUACAAGUGACAGAAGCUGGCACGGAGGAGACACUUGUUGACCUGACAGCUGCCCCUGAGAAAACCACCUAUGAGACAGAAACUCUUGCCGAUGCUGGUAUGACACCAGAGCCUGUUGACACAGAGGGACCCACUGUGGAGACAGAAGGCCCCACUGAGGCCCCAACAGAGGGUGAGAUCGAACCCAUGUCGACAGAAGCCAAUAAAGCAGGUGAUGAGGUGAUCAUAGAAGAUGGCACAGUGGAGAGCUUGAGUUCCGCUCAGGUUUUCGGCAUUGUGAUCGGCAUUUUGUUGGGGGUGGCGUUCCUCAUCGGUGUGGUGGUUGCUGUGGUGAGGAGGAGGGGAAAAUACUCCCCUUGAGGGAAACGUGGGUGAAGCAGCAGGAGCGUCUGAAGUUCUGGAAAUUCUGAACUACUGAACCGUGAUACCAGUUCCGGUCAUUAAAACAAACAGAACACCAGCGUUAAAUCUCACCAGGACUCUGAACUGUUGCAAAAAAAGGUGGUGGGGGGAGGUGUGUGUGGGUGUGGGUGGGUGGGUGUGUGUGUGUGUGUGUGUGUGUAUAACGUGGACACACGGGGCCCGUGAACCUUGAAGUCUCUGGUACAAAAGGCUCCGACUUCCCCAACUCCAAAAUCAUUCAGAGGGAACAAAACACGAUGGGCACCGGAUCUUCAAAGGGCUUUUCCAAGUGUUUUUUUUAAAGACACCAGGACAUACACAGUGACAGGCACAGAUAUGAAUGUGGGUUUGUCAAAGCUCUGCAAAAUCAUAAAAAAAUCUAGAGACAAAAGUCCAUGAAAGGGAUGUUAGCGGGUGAAAAAUCACAAAGCAGAUUUGGAUUCCACAGGGUGUACGUAUCACAAAAAACUCCUUAAAUUAAUUUUUCAGUUGUUUGAUAUUAUUGGGUUCACGGUAGCCUUACGCUGCGGUCACAUGACAGAUUGCCAACAGCAAUAUUGUCAACUCAGACGACUGAAGCAGGAAGUGCUGGAAACUUGGUGACCUGCCGUGGCUGCUGUGUUAGCAUUGUGGAGCUAAGCAUCACACAGAUAUUUACCAUCAAAACUGUUUUGAUAAAGUUUUGCAAAUUCACAAACUGUUUAUAACCCCAACCUUACCUGCUGGAUCUACACCAGCAGAAUAAAUCAUUAGCAGAUGAGCUCAACCAGUCUCAUUACAGUCUAGCUACAUGCUAACUAGCUUGCUAAUGGUGUGUUUGCAUUAUUGUGUGUCUGUGAGGUGUUGCUGCAUUGCAUCAAAAGUUCAAGUUUGUUGACCCUUGACCAUGCAAAUGCACUGACCUUGUAAGUGUAGAGCGGUGACUGUGCUAAGAGGCUAAUGCUAAUUGCCAUUUUGUCAUCACCCAUAAUGCAAUGCAGUGCUACAUGACACAGCGUGCAUGUAAGAUUUUUGGAAGAGUUCCAGUUUAUGGUUUCUUUCUAUGAAUAGAAAUAUAUUCACAUUUUCAACGCUAGUAUUGCAAGAUUUUUCCCAUUAAGGGCAAAUAAGAGAAAGGACAAAUAAUUUGGAGUGAAGAGGUCAGUUUCCAACUGUAACUUUUACAGCAACUUCGCAGGACCGGAUGUGUUGGAAUUUCUAGAAUUGCACAACAACAAAUUAAUUUUCUGCCAAGACCAAAGUCCGGGAAGAGGUGCGGGGCCGUACAAAACUGCAGCAGGGCGUACAAAUGCAGCUAGUGCAUGCUAAUGACAUAGCUAAUAGUAGCAAUGAUAGCAAUAUCCUGCCACCAGCACUAAGACAAGCAAAACAUAAACUAAUACAUUUGCAACUAAUUCUUCUCCACACGAGUCAAGACAGAAGUCAGACUACCAGAGCAAGAAUUUUAGCUGAGGAAGCUUCUGCGAUUAGAAGCGAAACGUCCUUGCGUCAAGCAACCCAGUCCAGUCGAAGAUUCAAGUUUCUCUACUACUUGCAACUAAGCUAGCAAAGUUGCAAGUAGUAGAGAAACUUUGCAACUAAGCUUAGCUAGCUAGCUUAGUUGCAAAUGAAUGAUAAUUGUUUGAAAGGAACAUAUUUCAGGAUCCAGUCUUAAAAGUGACUGCAGAGUCGAUUAAUCUGUAAUUUUGAAACAGUUACUGUUCCAGGACGGUAGAAUUUUACAAAUUGUGUGUCAUGACACAGAAAGCUAGCAGAGCCGCUGUUUUCAUCUCCACAAAUGUCAGUAUUCUCACAAUGCCUUGUGACUGGGCAAUCAUGGCCUUUUGCCCGUGAAAGGUCACCAAGUUUUCCAAAACUGCAGCUGAAUGGAUUUGAUAUUUGGUCAGAUGCUAACUGUGACUGUAACAUCAGGCUACUGUUGCGCCUAACAGACUGUUACAACCCCUGAGCACCAGCUGAAGUAUUUUAUCACAGCACCACUAAAAUACAGCAAUUGCUGAACUAGUGGAAGUAUUAAGUGAUGAACUUGUCCUAACAAAAAAAAAAUAAUAAUAAUAUAAAAACACCUUCCCGCGCACCCUCAAAAUGUCUGUGUGAACUUUAGCAGAAGGGUUUGUGCCACUGUCUCUGGGAUUCUGAAACUCCUUUAAACUUCUGAAGUGCAUUAUUAUGAAAGAGUAUUUAUUGCAUUCACUAGAUUAAAAAAAGUUUGACUGCUGAUCUCUUAAUUUACGUGAAAUGAUCUCAUAAUUAUGAGAAAUAAUAAUUACAUAAUUAUGAGAUCCCGAUCUCAAUUACGAGAUUGGGCUAUUCUUUAUUUUAUUAAUUAUUGCUAUUAUUUAUUUAUUUACUUAUUUAUUUUUGGCAAUCGCAUCAGUACUAGUGGCUUCCGUACUUCCAGACCCUCAGUAAAGACAAGCGUGAGAAUUCCCGAGUCAUAAUCGAAACUCGGCAAAUUUGUAACCGCAGAUGCUGCACUGUGAUCGCACACCACUUCCAUGCGGACAAAAAGUGUGGAUUUUCCCCUAAACUGUUCCUGGAUGAAUGAAACUCCUCCCACGAGGUGGGGCAUGGGGCACCCAGACUGGCAUACGCCGGGCUGGCAGUAGCCCCUCACUGUCCCUCAGUGUUCGGUGGGACUGUGUGAAUGAAAGAUGGACAUCUGUAGGGGGGCGAGAUGUCUCAUUUUGGUGAGACGCCCUGUGCUCCUGCCUGGACAUUCAUCCAGGAGCACCUGAGGGGAAAAUCCACACUUUGUGUCUGAUCAUGUGUUAUCAUCAUUCUAACCUCAGCCUGCUUCUUUACUGAGAGACUGGAAGUACAGAAGCUAUUUAUAUAAACAAUUUAGACACCGGAGCUUUUCUCGUAAUUUUGAGAUCAGCUGCCAAUUUUUUUUUAAUCCAGUGAAUGCAAUACGUUUGCGUACAUUAUUAAUGUGAAUCGACUUAUUUUAUUUUUUAACUGCCACCCAUUCCAAAGGACCAGCUUAAGUCAUUUCUGGCUUCUUUGUACCACAUUCAAGUCAAAACCAGACGACAACAACAUUCUUGUGACAAUGUGUUCAUAGUACUUCAGUGAAUAUUUUGUGUUGAUACCAGAGCAGUCGGCCACUGUUGCGUCACAGACGUGACGCUUCAUAGGUGCACUUAGAUCAGAGCACGAUCAAAGAGAGCAAAGUACCAAGAGGAGACACUCAAUAGAACGCCGCAUAGCAACGGAUUCCCCCAGGGCUUCGUUCUGCCGCUGCCAUGUUGGACUGUUUUAAACACGUUAGACCCACAGAGUCUGUGGUCAGAACCCAUACAGUCUUUGAAUAAGUACAUCAAUACAUGAGUAGCCUUAACGUGUUCAUAACGUGUUCAUUCAGAGGCGACACCACAACCGUACAGUCACUUUAACUCAUGGUGUCAAAUCUGAUGUGUCAGAAUAAUAUAGUUUGACAUCACAAAUAUAAACAGCAUAUUACAGAUAACUGAAUAUCCACCGCAGAUAAACCAAACUGUUUGUGCAAACUGUCCACAUCCAUAAAAUGAUGAUCUGAUGACUGACAGCACUGUGACUCUUCCUCAACAAUCACAGCUGACGUCGGAAUAUUACGCUUUACAUGUCCGUCGCUGCGCGUUGGUCAUUAGAGUGCGAGUUAUCUGAACUGAGGUUCAUAUUUGUGCCUGAACUCAACGCUGUUAACGUCUCCGUUUCCAUUCUAAACCAAUGAGCAGCCAGCGAACAGGGAGAGCUGCUGUUAGAUCAUUUUUAAGGAGACGCAGCGCACACAGUAAAUGAAGUUUUUUUUAACCUGUUGGUGUCGCCUCUUGCUGCUCUAUUCUCUUUGGUGUGGUGUUAGAGGCAACAAUGUACUUUUUUUCCCUCCCUCUUACUGUUUGCAUUUGUAAGUAUGCAUAAAUGGGUGUAUAAAUGACUGAGUCUCCACUUGGCUCUUUUUGCUUUACGUGCAUCUUUAGCAUUUGCACUGAAUGAGUGAUGUUACGCUGGAAAAGCUUUUAGACACUGCAGACGUUUGCAACGACUUUUUUGCCUGUUUCCUCCCUUCUGCGUUGCCAGAUAUUAUCACCUGUAGGGCUUUCAAUUUUGCCAUUUCAUUUGUUUUGACCCUUUUAUUUAAUUGCAGUGUUUUUGUUCAUACUAUUUCAAUAAAAAAAUAACUGAAAACACCA